GAUAAUCCAUACAUUCUUAAUAGUUGCUAGUGAAGGACCCUAAAAUACUCCAAAAAAUACCCAUAAUUUUGCCUGAUUCGUUUACCCACUAACCCGUUAACCCAUUUACCCAAAUCAGUUUUUUCCCAAUCUUCGACAUCUUAAUUCAAAUUUUGGCUGAAUAAACUUCUGUCACCGUAUCUGUGUUUCAAGAUUCUGCCGUUCUCUUGCAUCGUCCGAAACACCUACUGUACAGAGAUGUCAGCGUAUCCCGAUUUCAAAUCAGAAGCUAGGGUUUGGUAUUGUAAUAUGGACCUGCAUCUGUGAUCAGUAUAUAUGCAUAUGACGAAAAUCGAAGCCGACAAAUUGAAUGGAGCGAAGUAUCGACAAUGCAGAAAAUGACUCGACACAAAUUAUCCGCAGAGCUUUUGCAAUUCGACCAACCCAGAUUGUGGCAAGACCGGCCUCCCUCCGCUUCGUUCUUCUGGCAAGAAUAGGUCGACAAGAUCUGCAGGUUUAUAUUAAAAGAAAUCAAUAAAGAUUUUAUAGUGAAAUCAACAGGUUUGAUCUCAGCCAAUAUUGUCACUUUCAGAGUUGAGCGUUUGACUAUUACUUGAGAUAAUGUAUCCGAAACCUUGGACCACAGACCUGAAGCGAGGAGCAGAAUCCUCGGAGAUUGAUUUGCAUGGAGGUUCUGAAAGGCAUGUACGUCACAAUGCUCUCGAUGCGUUUUUGCAGCAGAGGGUUGAAAACAUCCAAAACAAAGCUGAUUUGAAUGGAUAUGUUUAUCAGGGUAACCAUAGUUAUGUGUCUGGCCCACGGCACAGAAAAAUCAAGCAGUUGUUAAUACAGUGCAUGUAUUCUUCUUUUUGCUAUCUCUUGCUUCUGCGUCACAUAACAAGCUUUACCUGGAGGAGGAUCACGAACAUAUAUGUCACAAUUUUGGAAAACUACUGCAGCAUCACUGAAUAUAAAAUCAACGCUUUCAUAGAUUUCACAACUUUUGUAAAAUUGAGUGCCGUAUCCAACAAAAAGUGUGUCCUGGAACUGCUCAAAUCUACACUGAUAAAACGCAGAAAGGUGGGAAGUGCUUCUCAACGCCACGGCUUGCUCAUUGCUUGAUCCAGCUGAAUUUAUAAAGGAAUCGAGAGUACAGCUACUAAUCAAGGGUUAUGCUGACUACUAAUCAAAGGAGGUUACGAGGUGUCAAAUUAUCAGAUGUAGGCACUUUCAUGAGCUCAAUCCCAGUGCAAAACAAUCGUACCUGCAGUGUAACCAAAAUAGUUAGUGGUGCUAAAACCUUUGGAGUCCUUUGAUGCUGCACACGAUAAUCCUUUGUCCAAAAAGAUCUUGGAGGCAUGUUAUACCCCUCACAUCUAUUUAUUUGGAAGGCUCGAAACGCCUUAGUUUGGAAUCAAAGACAUACACAUGUUAAUGCAGUCGUUGCCUUAGCUAAACAGCACCUUACACAAUGGAGAAAUGCCUAAAUUCGGCUGACCAAAGCUCUAUUUCAGUAUCAAAUAGACGGAGGUAGAGCAGAGAAGUGGGUUAAGCCCGCAGAAUGACUUUAUUAGGGUGACAACUGAUGCAGCAAUGUUUACUGAGCAGCAAAAUUCCUCGAGAUAAGAACCUAAUGUUUUACCACUGAAAGAGGUCUCAUUGGGAGACUUGAGAAGAGAGAAGGCCAGCCUCCCUUUAUGUGAGAACCAAGAGUUGCUACAUCUAACCUCAUUGGCAGUUCUACCACUGAAAAAAUAAAUCACGGUCCUGCUACAUCUAAAAUCCUGGGCAGUAAAUUUCAUACUUUUAUUUACAACUUAUUACAUUUUGUAUUUAUUUCAUUCUGGCACUUGCUAACCAAUUUUUUUUUACAGGAAACAAUACUAUUCUGCAAACGCGAGGAGUCCACUUGAAGCUUAAUCAGCGAGCUGGCAGGAGACAAGAUGCUUGCGGCCUAUCAUCCGACAUACUUAAUGAAAUAAAUGAUCCAGAAUGGAUGCAGAAUCUGACAACAAAGGAUCUGCAAAUACUGCUGAAACUCCUGAUAUUGUGUUACCUUCUUCUACAAACCCUGAACAAAGUGUAAGCAAAAGGCUCAGGAAGAAUUAGAAACUGAAAAUGCAGGAAAAAAAUCUGACCCUGAUGAAAGUGCAGACGGUGCAUCGGGCACUCCUCAACUAAGUGUUUUUGGUUCUCUCACAAAAGGUUUAGUUGAUUCAUCUUGGAGUGCAGUGAAGGCAGUUCAGCUUAAGGCCCAAAGUAUUGUCUCUCAAAACAAGCGAAGAUACCAGAAACCAAGAGGUCACCCUUCUCCUGCAGACUCUUCAUAGUUUCAUAUUGGCAUUGCCUCACGGGGAAAUACGUUGCUAAAGUUUCUACCACCGCGCCACGAUGAAGCGAGAUCUUGGAGCAGAUGUAUCUUCCUGUAGUUGCAUGGGUCUCAAAGAGAAGAACAUGUGCAGAAGCAACAUCUCCAACAUCAACUUAGGCCUGAACUGAGUUGUUGGAAGAUGGCUUUGUUCACAACAGCAUGGUGUACAAUAGCAUAAUUAUGGUUUUGUCAAGUAAAAUACCAUCAAUUCUGCAUUGGCAAAAGUGGAAUUUGUCCUAAUGUAACUUACAUUGCUUUAGUUGAUGGGCUUCUCAAAAGCAACAACUAUGAUCUGUAUAUGGUUUUCAACUGCUUAAAGGUGCUCGCCAGUCCAAAUGAGCAUAACAAUGAAACACUUUGCGGCUCAAACAAGAGACUGGCAUGUUGGAGAUCAUUAUGUAUAGACAUUUUAUCAGAAAAUAAUUUUGCAGUUGUGAGAUAAAUAUGUAUGGAUUCAACUUUGUACAUUAUGUAUAAGUAUUUAGCAAAAAUGUUUAGAAGAGUAAUCGUGGUCAUGUUUCAGAUGUAAUGGUUGUUAAUACUAUUAUAAUUACAUAUGCAUUUGCAUUGUUUUUAUAAAAAAUCGUAAUUCUUCA